AUGAUGGAUGGACUGACUGCUAAAUUGAAGAUACGAUACAUAUCUGACACUAGUAAUAACACUAACGAGAAGGUUAAGAACGACUAUGGAUCUGAGUUUUUAUUAUCGUCGCAUCACAACGCCUCGUCGUCGUCAAUGAUAAGUUUGCCGUUGCAAAAGCAGUCGUCGUCAAGUAAUAUUAAUAGUAAUAAUGCAGUGACAACGAUGGCAUCCCAAACUCAAGGAAUUCAGCAAUUACUCGCCGCCGAGAAACGUGCCGCUGAGAAGAUCAAUGAAGCACGUAAACGUAAAACACAACGCCUGAAACAAGCCAAAAAAGAGGCACAGUCUGAAAUCGAUAAAUAUAGACAGGAACGUGAGCGGCAGUUCAAAGAAUACGAACAGAAGUAUUUGGGCACCAAAGAGGAUAUUGAGUCGAAGAUUAAGAAGGAUACUGAGGAUACGAUCAACGAGAUGAAGCACAGAGUGCAACAGAACAAACAACAGGUGAUUGUUCGUUUGCUUCAACUGGUGUGCGAUAUAAGACCUGAACUGCAUCAUAACCUGCAACUGCAAAAGAAAUUGCACGGAAUGCACAUCUGA